AUGGCGCGAGCACUAUACACGCAACGCUCGCCUGACCAGAUCAAGCAGGAUCUGGAGAAGGAGUUCUUGUCGCCUCCAACCACUUUCAGUCCGGAGUGGUUAAACAGAUUGCAACAGAGAUGGGACUAUGCAACACCGGGCUACUCUGAUCUCUGUCAGCUAGCGCCGACGCAGACAAGAACCAUUACCCGCUUUACACGCGAAGGUCUCGAAGGCAGAGUGACUGGUUACAAGCAAGUGACCGUUCCUGCCUCUAGUGCCACCGCAAAGAAUUCCACCUCACUCCUUCGGAGACCUGCAAACAGAGCCGACUUUGUCCGUGGAGCUGCUGGCUUCUUUCCGUUUGCCCCAGGUGGUUUGGACGGUGUUGAUGCAAUCCAGGCCUAUGAGGAUCAGAGCAGGCUUGAAGAGGACAAUCGCACGACGGGGAAGAAACCCAGAGGCCUUGAUCGCAUCAUCGACUUCGCAGGCGAUAAUGGCCUGCUCGAAAUUCCGCCAGGUUUCACGAGGGGGAUUAAAUUUGAAGAGCGAAAGACUAAAGAAUCUGAAGAGGAUGUCGAAGAAGUUGAGAAGGCCUUGGACGAAGACGACGGCAUACCCGUCAGCGGAGAUGAUCAGGGACACACAAAUGGGGAGACUACACCGUCGUUGGUGAAUGGAACUUCGGAGAGCGAAGAGGAGGAGGAUGACACCGACCUCAAUGACCUCUUGCCCGUGGAAUUUCCAUCGCUCCAGCCACAUGGCGAGUUGUCGUCAUCAUCCACAAAGAAAUCUGGGAGGGAAUGGGCGCAUGUGGUCGACAUCAACAAGGAGAUUUCCAACUUCCACGACUUGGUUCCGGACAUGGCUCGGACGUGGCCUUUCGAACUAGACACCUUCCAGAAAGAGGCUGUCUAUCAUCUUGAGAGUGGUGACUCGGUAUUCGUCGCGGCACACACUUCGGCAGGCAAGACGGUCGUUGCGGAGUAUGCCAUUGCUCUGGCUGCCAAACACAUGACCAAGGCCAUCUACACCUCUCCAAUCAAGGCUCUUUCCAAUCAGAAAUUCCGCGACUUCAAAGGUGUUUUCGAUGACGUGGGCAUAUUGACUGGCGACGUCCAAAUCAACCCUGAGGCUAGUUGCCUCAUUAUGACCACCGAAAUUCUCAGAAGCAUGCUUUACCGUGGAGCUGAUCUUAUUCGGGAUGUGGAGUAUGUCAUCUUCGACGAGGUGCACUAUGUCAAUGACCUGGAACGCGGUGUCGUCUGGGAGGAAGUCAUCAUUAUGCUGCCGGAUCAUGUGACGCUCAUCCUUCUUUCAGCCACUGUACCAAACACCUAUGAAUUUGCCUCUUGGGUUGGCCGGACCAAGAAGAAGAACAUCUACGUCAUAUCUACACCGAAGCGACCAGUGCCAUUGGAGCAUUACUUGUGGGCUGGGAAGGAUAUGCACAAGAUUGUGGAUUCCGAGAAAAGAUUCCUGCAAAAAGGCUGGAAAGCAGCAAACGACAUCUUGUCAGGACUGGACAAGGUCAAAGAGCAAAAGGCUAUCGAAGCGCAAACACCAGCUCGAGGUGGCGGGGCACAGCGUGGUCCUGUCCCACAACGAGGUGGUCGUGGUCAACAAGGUCAGCGUGGAGGCUCCAACCAACGAGGCGGUCAAAACCAGAGAGGUGGCCAGCAACGUGGUGGACAAAACGCCAGUCGGGGUCAGGGAAAUAUUGCACGUACUGGUCGUGGAGGUGGCAGAACGACUGCAGCUCAAGAUAGAAAUAUUUGGGUUCAUCUCGUCCAGCAUCUGCGCAAGGAAAAUCUGCUCCCUGCUUGUAUCUUUGUCUUCUCCAAGAAGAGAUGCGAAGAAAACGCGGACUCACUAUCGAACCAAGACUUCUGCACAGCGACUGAGAAGAGUGCAAUUCACAUGAUCAUCGAGAAGUCAAUUGCCAGACUGAAGCCUGAAGACAGAGUCUUGCCACAGAUCCGGCGAUUACGAGAUAUGCUGGGGCGUGGCGUUGCUGUACAUCAUGGUGGUCUUCUGCCUAUCGUCAAGGAGAUUGUGGAGAUCCUGUUCGCGAGGACGCUGGUGAAGGUACUGUUUGCUACCGAAACGUUUGCCAUGGGCCUUAAUCUUCCCACUAGAACAGUUGUGUUCUCGGGCUACCGCAAGCACGACGGGCGCGAGUUCAGAAACUUGCUGCCCGGAGAGUACACACAGAUGGCCGGCCGUGCAGGUCGAAGAGGUCUCGACACCGUGGGAACUGUCAUCAUCGUUGCGGCUGGCAAGACGGAGGCGCCUCCUGCUGGUGAAUUGCAACAAAUGAUUACCGGUCCAGCCACCAAGCUACGCAGCCAGUUUAGACUACACUACAACAUGAUACUAAACUUGAUGCGUGUCGAAGCGUUGAAGAUUGAAGAGAUGAUCAAGCGCAGUUUCUCGGAGAAUGCCACCCAAGCUCUACUGCCUCAGCACGAAAAGCAGGUGGCGCUAUCCCAGGCGAAUCUGGACAAGAUCAAGCGAGAACCCUGCGAUAUCUGCGACAUUGACCUGGAAGCCUGUCACGAUGCAGCCAUGAAAUUCGAACAGCUCACGAAAGAACUUCAUAUCAAUUUGUUGUCGACUCCGGUUGGUCGCCGCCUGUGGCAAGCGCGUAGAAUGAUUGUGUACAAGAAGGACGGUAUACGUAAGGUCGGCGUACUGAUCGAAGACGGCCCUCGCGGCGGACCCAGCCCCUAUGUCAAUGUCCUGGAAAUAUCCGAUAUCGACCCGCACCGAUCGACCAGAGAUUUACUCCCAUAUCUCCCGCGGUUCCGUAUGAUGUUUACGCCAUUACCGAACAAGGCGGCCCGAGUGAAGAGUGGACGGACCCAGGUUCUGUUGGACGACGUGGAAUGUGUUACCCAGACGGUUGUCAAGGUCGAUUUGCGGUCGUUACUAAGCUCACAAAUAGUUCAGAAGUCAUUCGCUGAAGAGGAGUUUGUCAACGUAUAUUCGUCUUGGAUCUCCUCGGCCUGGGAGGAACAAGAUUGGAACAAGGUGCUCGAAUUGCCUGUUCGUGAGCUGCUUGUCGAGAGGACUAAGGUUGCGGACUUUGUCGAGAACGCAAUGUGUCUUUCGUGUCCGGACUUUGUGAAGCAUUUCGGCAUGCAGCAUGACGAAUGGCUGAUCAAGGAGAAUAUCGAGGCCUUGAAGAUGCUGAUGUCUGAUCAGAAUUUGGCUCUGCUGCCGGAUUACCAGCAACGGACUGAAGUCUUGAAGGAUCUUGGGUUUAUUGACGAAGAGUCUCGUGUCCAGCUUAAAGGGAAGGUCGCGUGUGAGAUUCACUCUGCAGACGAGUUGGUGCUUACGGAACUUAUUCUUGAAAAUGUUCUGGCACAGUUCGAGCCGGAAGAGAUUGUCGCGCUGUUGUCGUGUUUCGUAUUCCAGGAGAAGACGGACAGUGAGCCUCAACUCAGCGAGAGCCUCAAACACGGCAAGGAAGCGAUCAUCGCGAUCGCGGAGAAAGUCAAUCGCUUCCAGAUCUUGCAUCAGGUCAUUCUUUCGUCCGAUGAUGCCAAUGACUUUGAAUCUCGACCUCGGUUUGGGCUGGUGGAGGUUGUCUACGAAUGGGCCAGGGGAAUGUCCUUCAACCGAAUCACCGACUUGACCGAUGUUAUGGAGGGCACGAUUGUCAGAGUUGUCACGAGACUGGACGAGACCUGUCGAGAAGUCAUGAGUGCUGCACGGUUGAUUGGAGACCCUGGACUGUAUCAGAAGAUGGACAAGGCUAGGGAAUUGAUUCGACGAGAUGUGGUGUUUACGGCGAGUUUGUACAUGUGA